CACGGAGACUCGGUCAGCAGCCGAGACUCCAGACUCGACUCUGCAGCUCUGACUCGGAGCCUUGCACAGAACGCCACAUACAGUUCCAGCUUGCUUCUCUGUCUCCAUCAUCUUGCCAUUGCCAUUGGUCCCCUGCCUGAUUGUCCGAACAUUGGUCGGCAUGGCGGCAUCAGACUACACGGCAUUGACCCCCGUCCUGGCAGACGCAUUGCCUGAUUCAGGGCCCGCAGAGUUGCAAUGCUUUGUGUGCGAGACGUGCAACGUGCAGUACGCCCCGUCCGCCACCCCCCCACCUGGCAACUGUCCUGUGUGUGCGGAUGAGCGCCAGUACGUGCCGCAGAGCGGGCAGCGCUGGACCACGCUGGCCAAGCUGGGCAGCGGCCACCGCAACGCCUUCCAGCGCAUGGAGCCGCAGCUGCUGGGCAUUGGGACGGAGCCCAAGAGCGGGAUUGGCCAGCGGGCGCUGCUGGUGAGCACAAAGGAGGGGAACCUGCUGUGGGACUGCAUUGCGCUGCUGGAUGGCGCGACGCGCGACAUUGUGACUGCGCUGGGGGGCAUCAAGGCAAUUGCCAUCAGCCACCCGCACUACUACUCCACCUGCGUGGAGUGGAGCCGGGCCUUCAGCGCACCCAUCUACAUCCACACCAAAGAAAGGGCGUGGGUGGAGGCUGUGCGCCCUGAUGCAAUUGCGGAGCACUUCCACUUCUGGGAGGGGGAUCAGCAGCCCCUCUUUGGGGGCCUCUCCCUUUGGCACCUGGGCGGACACUUUGCGGGUGCACAGAUCUGCCACUGGCAGGCCGGGGCUGGCGGGGAGGGUGCCCUGCUGGUGGGGGACAUCAUCCAGAUCAACCCCGGGUGUGAGACGGUGGGGGUGAUGCGCUCGUACCCAUGCCUCAUCCCCCUCUCGGAUGCGACAGUGGCGCGCAUCCAGACCCGGAUGGCGCGCCUGCCGCCGUAUCGCACCGUUUACGGGGCCUUUUGGUACCAGGUCAUGAAGGAUGCGGGCGGCAAAAUUGAGUACUCGCUGGAGCGAUACCGCAAGUGGCUCAGUAUCGACGAUCCUGAGAUUGCGUGAGGCCCAAAAGUAGCGGCAUCAGGCUCCGACGGACAAAGUCGCGUUGGGAAGAGUGAUGCGGUAGGCCUUGAUCUGGUACCUGGAGGACGCCAUGACUGUUCCAGCUUUGCACAAGCACUCAGGCGCGAGCGCAAUUCCGAUGUAGAUGAUUGUUGUCGUUCUUGUACAGUUGAUUGGGACGAGGAACGGAAAAUCUGUCGAGAAACAACAUGAAGUCUUUGUUGCUGCUAACUGAUGUACAGGUGUCGACAGAAUCCGUCAGCGCAAGGCUGUCAGGAGAACUAGCGCGCUCUGCUGUUCUUUUCCAUAUUGUAAAGCGAGUUUCAUAGAGACAAGCAAGUCCGCAUAGAGGACAAAUCUUGGAUAGAGUACGAACCCCGGAUAGGUUACUGCAGAUAAUAAUCCCAAAGUGCGAGCUAGGUAUAGAGCUCUCAGGCUAGCUGAGAGAUGAUUGUCAAUCUGAAGAACACACUGCAAGUGCGCUAUCAUGUUCAUGGGUGAUUGAGAUAACCCGGAUGACAAGUACCUUGCUUGUCGACUUAUCUCUGAGAGGGGAUCUGGC